UGGCCCUCCAGGACCAGAGGUGCGCCCUAAGGAAACUCAGGCAUUUGCAGGUCAUAAUGUCAGUCACGGCCAGCAUGGAGUCUGGCCUCUCCAUGGGAGUCACUGCAGGGCCUGCCAGGGACACUGGAGAGAUCCACAACUGGACCGAAUUGCUCUAUUUCUUCAACCACACAAUGCCCGAGUGCCACAUUGAGCUCAGUGAGAACACCAAACGAGUGGCCCUCUUUGUCCUCUACUUGGCCAUCUUUGUGGUCGGGCUGGUGGAGAACCUCCUGGUGAUCUGUGUCAACUGGCGCUGCUCGGGCCAGGUGGGGCUGUUGAGACUCUACAUCCUCAACAUGGCCAUAGCAGACCUGGGCAUGAUCCUGUCUCUGCCCGUGUGGAUGCUGGAGGUCACGCUGGACUACACCUGGCUCUGGGGCAGCUUCUCCUGCCGCUUUACCCACUAUUUCUACUUUGCCAACAUGUACAGUAGCAUCUUCUUCCUGGUGUGCCUCAGCAUCGACCGCUACAUCACCCUCACCAACGCCUCUCCCUCCUGGCAGUGCCGCCAGCUCCGAGUUCGGCGGGCGGUGUGUGCAGGCGUCUGGGUGCUCUCGGCCAUCAUUCCGCUGCCCGAGGUGGUCCACAUUCAGCUGGUGGAGAGCUCUGAGCCCAUGUGCCUCUUCAUGGCACCUUUUGAAACCUACAGCAUAUGGGCUCUGAUUGUGACCCUGUCCACCACUGUCCUGGGCUUCCUGCUGCCCUUCUUUCUCAUCACAGUCUUCAAUGUGCUGACAGCCUGCCGGCUUAGGCGGGCAGGACGGCCCGAGAGCCGGCGCCUCUGCCUGCUGGUGUGCUCCUACAUGGCCGUCUUUGUCAUCUGCUGGCUGCCCUACCAGUUGACCCUGCUGCUGCUCUCACUGCAUGGGACCCACAUCUCCCUCCACUGCUACCUGGCCCACCUGCUCUACUUCUUCUACGAUGUCAUCGACUGCUUCUCCAUGCUCCACUGCGUCGUCAACCCCAUCCUUUACAACUUUCUCAGCCCGGGCUUCCGGGGCCAGCUGCUGAGAGCUGUGGUCCAUUACCUCCCCAAGGUCCAGGCCAGGACGGGCAGGCGUGCCUCCUCUUCCUCCUCCUCCACACAGCAUUCCAUCAUUAUCACCAAGGAGGGCACCCUGCCGCAGCCCCCGACCCACCCCAGCCUGAACUUCCAGGCACCAAACACCUCACCCAUCCCUGUUCCUCAACCUCUUAUAGCCAGCUGA